AUGGAUAAUUUGUGGAAGAAGGAAUCAAACGGAGCUGAAGCUCAGUAUGUUGAUCUGUUUGCUCAUCUCGAUGACGAACAAAAAGGAGAUUUGAUCGAUGAGUUUACAAAAUUGAGUACUACGUCUGCAGGUCACAAGGAUAAUCAAUCUUCAAGAACGUUCCGUCAGCGUGGAGAUGAUUUUUUUCGAGAUGAAAACUGGUCCGAAGCAAUGGAUUCAUACAAUGAAAGCUUGCGUUACGCAGACGAAUCGGAAAAUGUUUCAAUUGUAUACUUGAACAGAUCGUCGUGUUUUUUCAAUAUGAAAAUGUACGAGAAAGCAUUGGUUGAUGCUGAACGCGCGAUGAGCUCAAAUGCCCCGACUCAUUUGAUUCCAAAGCUCGACCAAUGCAAACAACGAUGCCGAGAGCGGGUGGACAAUAUUAAACAGCCACCAGAAUGGGUUCCAACAUUGAGCUACGAAGCAAAUGAAAAUCAUCCAUGCCUAGCGAACGUCAUCGAUAUCAAUUACAAUCGUGAGUUUGGUCGAUAUUUGGUUGCAACGGCUGAUAUUCCAAUUGGAAGAACGGUGUUGGUCACUAAGAGCAUCGCAUCAGCAUUCACAGCCGAGAAGCAAGCGUACUGUCACACCUGUCAGAAGAUUAAAAUGAAUUUUAUUCCAUGCAAAAAUUGCUCCGACGUUAUGUUCUGCGACGAAGACUGCGCCAACAAAGACCAUUUGCACAAAAUGGAGUGCCAGUCAUGCUAUCAUCAGAUCAAAGAUAUCCGCCCGAAGCUCAUUGUUCGGACAAUUUUGGUUGCAAUCGAUAUUUUCCCUAACAUCGAAAGUCUAAUUACAUUCGUCCAUGAGGUGACAAGCGACAAAGGUUGUGACACGAUUCCAAAGACAUCAUGUGAUGCACCAUCGAAAUAUGGCAUUUUCCUCACAUUGACGCCAUCGUACAAGGAUAAAAAUCUAUUUCGUGCAUAUCGGGCAUUCACAUACAUCAAUCUCAUGCCAAACGUCAAGCAAAUGUUCGAUACAGAAGCAAAGCAACGUUUUCUCAUGCACUUGGUGCUGCAUCACACGAUUCUUAUUCCAAAAAAUGCAUUCGGCACUAGAGCCCAAUACACACUCGAGGACAUCUAUGAUGUCUUGUCAAUGGCCAACCACUCAUGUUCUCCAAAUUUGGAAAGUUUCAUUCGUGGAAAACUUUACUAUUGCGAAACUGUGCGGCCAAUCGAAAAAGGCGACCAGCUGUUCAUAAAUUAUUUGGGCGAUGAAGUUAUUGAACCAACCAGUCGACGAUGGGAAUAUAUCAAGAAGAAUUGGGGAUUCGAUUGCAAGUGCGAUAAAUGCAAGAGCGACAAAUGAACUUUGAAAAUAGAAUAAAUCUCGAGGGAGAACACGAAACGUAUGCAGAAACUCAAGAAACAAUGCAUCAAGUUUUUGUGAAAUACGGUCAUC